AUACGUCUUCGUCUAAAACAAAGAGAAAAAUCGGGAAAUUUUUGAAUAUUUUGCAAAGAAAACAGUGCAGUAAAACAAAAGCUAUUCAUUUGAAAGAAACUCUCAACCAAAAUGGAUUUCGGUGCCUUGUUGCAUUAUGCGAAAAAGAAAAACGAUGCUGCAUCUAAAGACGAGCAGAGAAAAUUCUAUAGCACCAAAUAUGCGCCACCGAAAAAGGAAACCAAGGAGAGCAAACAACUGUCCAACAACAUACAAAAAUUCCUCAAGAAUAGGGAGGCGGAGGAGAUGGAGCGUAAGCGAGCGGAGCGCGAGAAACUCAACAAUUUGCUGGCGAUGCGGGAUGAGAAGUCCAAGAAUAAGAUUCGCAAAAUGUUAAAAGUAACAAAAUCGGCGAAUAAAUCGGUGUUGGACGAUGCGAAGAGUGCGGAUAAUACGGUGCUGGAUGGUACUGAACAGCCGGAUGGGGAUGACUAUGGCUAUGUGUCAACGGAGGCGAAUGCCUUAUAUCAGAAAUAUAUUGAGAAGGUCAAGGAUGUGCAGGAGGACAAGGGCUUUGCGCCCAGUCGACCGCAAUCUGGUCGCGAUCUAUCCAGCACCAAAGAGCGCGUCAAGGCGGCCAUUACGCGCGAAAGGGAAGAGGCCAGAUCACACACACGGCAGCGCACCAGUCAUGCAUCCACCUCAGGCACAGGCAAAGAUAGGGAGGCGCAUGUGGCUCGCGCCUACAGCACAACAUCCUCGAAAACUCUCUACGAUCCGGAUGCGGAGCGACGCGACGAGGAGCGCAAACGGCGCGAGGAGGAACAGAAGAAAGUGAAAGCCAAGCGGGCGACACAACCGCCACCGAUGGAUUUUCAGGCCCUAUUGCGUCUAGCCGAGAAGAAGCAAAACGAGCCGGUUGCCGUGGCAGUGCCCGAGAAGAAAAAGGAGCCGGAACGUCUGAUGUCCGCACGCGAGAAGAAGGAACAUGAGGAGCGCCAACGCUGGAAGGAGCAGCGCGCCCAACGCGAUCGCCAGCGUGAAAUUGAUGCCAAGUCCAAAGUGGAGUCGCCACGCAUGGACCCCGUCGGACGCAUACCCAAGCUAAAUAAGGCACCCGCAGUCGCCAAAGCACCAGCCCCAGGCUCGGCUUCAGCUCCAGCAGCGCUGCCUAGUCAACCCAAAUCGAAGCCAACAAGUGAUAACCUCAAACGCCCAGCGUCCAGUGUUUCGCCGAGCACCUCCUCCAGCUCCAAAUAUCGUGCUCUACCAGCAAAGCCCGGAAGCAACCAGACGGUGAUCAAACGUCCGCCAGUUGCCAGCAGCAGCAGCUCAACAAAACCGACGGCAGCAGCAGCUUCAACAGCUUCAACUGGAGCGGCCAGCUCCAAAGCAGCAGCACCACGUAAUCCCUAUGAGGCUGCCAAUAAAGCAGGUGGCACACGCAAUUUUCCGCCACGUGAACCAUCCAAGGUGCGUUCAUUUCCACCUGAGGAUGUGCAGCGUAACCGUAAACCGCAUCCAAGCGAUGCGCGUGCACGAAGAGGAGGCGGUGGUGUGCAGCCAGGAGGAGGACGUAAGCCGAUCGAUCCGGCCAGUAAACGACGCAUUUAUGAUGAUGAUUCCGAGUAUGACUCAGCGCUGGAUGACUUCAUCGAUGAUGGAGACUGCGAGGAGGAUAUUUCAUCGCAUAUACGAGACAUAUUUGGCUAUGAUAAGCGACGGUAUCGAGAUCUCGACGAGGGCGAUUCUGAUAUGGAAUCCAGUUUCGCUCAAACGCAACGCGAAGAAUAUAUUAGUAAAAAAAUAGGUAUACAAGAGGAUUUGGAGGAUAUGCGCAUGGAAGCGAUGCAUAAAAAGCGUAAAUUGUUUAAAAAGCGAUCCGCUCGAAUCGGCGACUAAAUCAAUAGUCUAAGCCAACCAUCGUUGUGUGUUUGCAACCACCUCGUUAUUUUUCACACAUCUCCGAUUAUUGAGGCAGCGCCAUAUGUUUUUUAAACUUUUUUUCUUCUCCAGAGAGAAUCUGAGAAAUCGAAAUUAAUUCCAAGCUUAGCCAACAUGUGUUUGUUUAUGUUUCUGGCGCUGCUAUUUAUUAGUUUGUUACAUACCAGAAUAGUGUUGUUGUUUCUAUACUUCGAUACCGAAGGUAAUUUUUAUAUUUUAAUACCGAAGUUACUAGAGUGCUACGUCGCUAGGAAAUCGGAGUGCUAGAUAGCUAGGAAAUCGGAAGGCAUAUUACUAGAAACAUUCUCUUUAAGUUUGUUCAGGCACGUCUCAUGUCACAGUUACCAAACUUGGCAGAAAAUUUACUAAAAAACUUUUGUUUGAUUUACUUAUUUUUGAUACUUUAAUUCGUCUCCAAGAUUUUGUAAAAGACCAAGCCUAUAUAUGGUAUAAGCAUAUUCAUAUUUUUGCUACCCGUUUGAAAUAAUCAUACGUUUACAAUCUCAACUGUGUUAAGAUUAUACAGCCUAGUCGAAUCGGCAUCUAGAUACAAAUAUUCUCCAAACUGUUCCUAUUUCGAAAGCAAAAAUUGGCCCCUAUUUUAAGUAAAAGUGUCGGUACGAAACCAAAUGUCAAUAACAUUUGUAUAUAUCAAUAUGUAUAUAUAUAAUUGUAUAGGUGUAUGCAAUUAUGAAAAUUUAUCAAUUCAAUAUGUCAAUGGCGAUAUUAAAUCUUUAAUUAUA